CGACAACACCGCACUGUUUCGCAUUCUCCCAUACGAGUUGACCCCCCAUGAUGAGCCCUACCCACCUCUAUUAAAAUUUGGCGGUAAAAAUAACAAUGAAGGCAAGAGAAGUACCGGCAGAUGGCAGGUUCUUUAUUUUUUAAUCUUUCACAGUACUUUUCAGUUGACGAGUGGUAAACCUUUUAAUAUGUAUUAAAGCAUGGAUUACUUUAACGUUUUCCUAAGGUCAGUGUGUCGGAGCUUUUUUUAAUUUUCGAGAAGCAUUCAUAUCAUAUUAAAAUAUGAAUAACUUUUUGAAUAAGCCGCCGAAACGGCCACUUUUGUAGUCAACUGAUCCGGAAUCUCAUUGGGAAAUUUGACAGACUCCAAUUACAGCAGCCAAUGGAAUCAAAGCUCUGUUUUGGGUGCAUGCGCUGUUUCAUUUUUCCAUUAUAGUUCUGUGUUCUGUGAUCUCACCUCGUGCACCGGCCAUAUUGCCAUUGAAUGAGUGCGUGAAUAAAGAAGGCUAAAAGAGCCGUAAACAAAUCUUCCAACAUCAAGUAGUUGUGAAGAUAUUUCCUUCAAAUAACCAUCAUGGAGAAUUCCUACGGGAUCGGCGUUGCCAAUCGAUACGCUCUUUUUCUGGACGACGAAAGCGAUCCACUGGAAACGCUGAAUUUGAAGGAAAAGGAGAAAGAACUCAAGAAAAAGACCAAAGUCACGGAGAAGGAAAACAAAGUGAAAACUGAACCUGCUGUUGCUAAGGGAAAACCUGCUGCCCCACAGAAAAAACCUAUCAAGGACUCUAAUAAAGUCCAGGAAAAUAAACGGGACGAUUCUAAACCACCGCCGAGAUCAAGCGCUGAGGGAAAACCUGAACGUGAGAGGUUCAAUAAAUUUAAUAACGAAAAUCGGGAAGAAAGGAAUAAUCGGAGAAACCGUGAGGAAAAAACCUUCAACGGUUCUGCUGAAAACCAGGAUCGUGAGGAGAGACCAAGGCGAGGAGAAGGCAAUGAUGGAUUUGAGAGUCGACCUCGUGGGGAACGCCGUGAACCAAGAGCCAUUGGUAAUAAACCUGGAGGCCCUAGGGGACCGAGGAGGAACUUCGAUGACAGGCGAGGCAAACGGGAAUUUGAUAGGCAAAGUGGAUCUGAUAAGACGGGUGUGAAACCAGUUGACAAGCGCGAAGGUGCAGGUGCUCAUAAUUGGGGAUCUCACAAAGAUGUUAUUGAAGAAGCUGAUAGGCCUAAUACUGAAUUGGACAACAGUUGGGGUGAAGAAGUUCAAGUUAGCACGGAACCGGAAAAGAAAGAGGAAACGGAAACUGAAACUGCCCCGGUUGAAGAGGAAGCUAAAGAACUGACCUUGGAUGAAUGGAAGGCUCAGCGUGCUGGUCGUGCUAAGCCUGUUUACAAUCUUCGUAAAGCCGGUGAAGGUGAAGACCCGAGUCAAUGGAAAAAGAUGUAUGAGCUAAGGAAAAAGGAAAAUGCGGAGAAAUCGUUUGACCAGGAAUCUUCGGAUGAAGAGUACGACGCUAGCGAGUACCCUCAGCGAGUCGGCCGACAGAAGCACAUCCUUGACAUCGACAUUCAAUUCUACGACAGCAGGCGACCUGGCGUUGGGGGCCCUCGUGGACGCGGAGGCAGAGGAGGCGGCGGGGGUCCUAGGGGAGGUAGAGGUGGCGGUGGAGGCAGACCAGAUGGAGCGCCCCAAGGGGGUAGGGCUCCCCAGGGGCCCAACAGGGAACGCUUCAAUAGGGAACGCGGGGAUAGGGACGAUUCGACCAAGUCGACAAGGCGACGAAUUCUCUUUGAGGAUAGAUCCGAAAACCGCCAGGCUCCGAAAGUUGAUGACGAACGUGACUUCCCCUCUCUCGGUUAGAGUGCCCUCAAGCUGGCGGCCAUAGUUUUUUUGGGUGUGUGGUUGACCAGAGGGUAACUGCUUCAUCACAGUAAAAAAAAUCUUAAAAAACUGUAUAUUACAAUUUAACUACUUUGUUACGUCGGUACAAAAAACUCCGUAUCCUAGAGAACAAAGUCAUACAAUUAGAAUUUCUUAGCAAUGUCUUCAAAUAAUUAUCAUAUUUCAGUGUAGACUGAGAGAUUCAACUAGUCAGUGUUAUGCUGCAUUGUUAAAAAAUACGGUUUCACGGCUGCUCAUGUAUUUACUAUAAAUUGAGACUAAUUGUCCAAUCAAAUGAGGUUUCAACCUCGGGAUAAAAGAUAAUAAGCAGACUUGUAAAUAUCACGCAUUUAUAAAAACUGUUUCUUAUCUCUCAUUUCGAGAUUAAUUCCCUUUUCGCAUUGUUUAUCUGGAUUAUAAACCCAGUGUUUUUAAAUUAUCUUCAUUUUUUUGAUUUCAUACAAAGUAGUAUCUUUAUAUGUUUUUUGAAAUAAUCCUUAGGUCGGCUGUAACAAAUUUAAAUACUUUUUAUUCAUUUUGACUGAAUGUGUACGUUUAAGGAAGAUCUAGUAUGACUGUUAUUCUUAAUACCACCAUGAUGUUUAAUAAUCGAAUUAUUGUUAUGUACGUAACAGUUUUACUACAUCUUGCCGCAAGAAUGAAAAGGAGAGAACAAAACAGAAUUCGUGUAAGAUGGAACAAGAAAUGAAUAGAAGCCAUUGAAGGAAUUAAGUAUAUGUUGAUCGAAUCUUUAUACAUAUUUUGAACUGUAUCUUAUUAUGAGUGAGUUUUCAAGAUUUUUGUGCUCCACCUUACACCCAGAUUCCGUCACAAUUAAUUCACAAUAGUUUUGUGUUCUUUAAAAUUGAAUAGGGCUGGGACUGCCUUGUAUUCAAGUCUUAUCCGAUUUCAGAACGGUCAGAUUGUUAUUUUCGAUCAUGGUUUGAUUUAGUUUGGAUGGGUUAAAUUUGAUUAUUAAUUUCUAAACCGUGACUUAAUUUGCUUGAGAUAACUCGUGACCAAAUACGAAACAGUUAUGGCUUUGAAAUACAAAGUAUGAGACUGUUGUAUCCUAAAAAAAAUCGUACUUAUAAUGAUAUAUCUUCUUUUUAUAACGAUUUUGUUAUAAUAUUUAUUCUGAUGUUGAUAUAUCAAUUUUAGGUCCUUGUUCUACGUCUACAAAAACUUGUCAUAACCUGAUUGUCAACAAUUUCUUCAUCUUUCGGAUAGUCUGAUAAUGGCUGGUAUUUCUCGUUUGAGACGUUAUUUUUCUCUUUUGAAAUCAGUGUCGGAAAGUUGAAAAUGGUGUCAAGUAGGUUGACUAAGUAUUGCAAAAUGAAUUGACAAAAAAUAACAUUACCCCAGGAUUUAGAUUUAUUCCUUCAGAUUAAAAAGAACCAUUAGAAUUCUGAAGGCUGAUGGUUGACGCCUUUUCAUAGUGUAAUCUUAUGUGGACAAGCUCCAACAGACAACACGUAACAGAUAAUAUAAAUUAUUGACAGUCAAGUUUAGAGCAAUUUUUUGUGUGGUUUUGAGUCCUAUUUACCUUGCCCCUUCAAUUACUGCAAUAUUAUCUGUGGUUCUUUCCUUUUUUGCUUUUCCAUUAUGUUAUCUCAUUUUAAUGACUAGGUUAUUUUUUUCAUUAAUUUGUUGUAUGUGGAACUACUGAGGUAGUCGAACAUGUAUAAUAUGCAUACAUGAGUUCAAUAAAAUGUUUUGUUGUAGUAAGCUGUUCGUCUUGUUUUUUUUUUUUUGGAACUAAGUAACUUGCAUGACUUUUAAACGGUUUGUAGCUUUAUAUUUUUUAGAAACUAUUCGCCAAUAUUCGUCAAUUUUGCGAUACAACUGGGUAACAAUGUGACGUUGUUGUUUUAUUCGGUUUGUAUUUUCCCGGUAUCUAGUCAUUUUCUUCAGAUGCUAGUGAGAAUUUUAUUAUUGGACCUGAAGCUGAAUGACUUCCAUGGACGAGGAUCUAUAAGUGGGCUUUUCGGCUUUGAAAAUAACCAUGAAGUUUUCGCAUUUAAUUAUUUUCAGGACAUAUUAUAAACAAACUAGUCAUAGCUUUCGAUAGACCUUAUAUGUAGUUUAAACAUUCAACAAGCCGAGGUGACACAGUAUUUUAGUUUUUAUAUUUUUCGUUGUUCAUUGUGGUUUAAAGAUUUGAAAUAGUCAGUGUGGCAAAAAAUUUGAAAUACAUAUGAUCUGAAAUAUUUAAAUACAAACAUUUCGUAGAACCGAUGAACUUGAAAUUUGAGUCCAGUGCCGAAAAAGCCUCUUAUGAAGCCUUAUUCUUUGAGAAACAAUCCUUGGACAAAUUUGAAGACAUCUUGUCUGUCUCGCAAGACAUAGCCACCUUGUUAGUAUGGCAGUGUGACGUUGAAAAAAAGGAAUAAGCAGAGGUAACAAAUAUUCGGUUUAUCAGACGUUAGAUUUGGAAUUUAUGACAGAAUGUUCGUUAAAGGAAAUGCUCGAAAAGAAGAACUUGAAAGUAUAGCAUUUCUUCAGUUCAGGGCUCCCGUUUGGAUGUUGCUUUCAUAGUUUAUGUCGGCCAACAAGUAAUUGAUGGCAAAAAUUCAAUCGGUAAUUCUUUGGAUUAUGCUAAGAUUAUUUUGUUGAAUGCUAAUUUUGAUAUCAGAUUUGUAAGUAACGACCAGAAAGACCUCCGUGUGUAAAUUUCCAGACCACUUUACCUAGUUCAUAGUUUUGGCCAAUCUUUGUAGUCCGUCCCUUGCGAUCUAAAUGAGUGGAUUGUUUUCCUAGGACACGAUUAUACGAGGCCUCAACUAAAUUACUACACUGUCAACAUUUCUUUGAAUUAUACUGUUAUUCAGAGGUUAUGUAAGAAACACCUAUUUGCGGUGGCGUCCUUUACGAAGCGAUAUUUCGAAAAGCGACAAGGUAAUUUUGGAGCAUUAAAAAAGGCACACACUAAUUUUUUGCCUCAUGUUUUGGAAUCGACUGUAUAUUUUGGAUCUGAAUAUAUUUGGCUAUUGGUUUCCAACUGAUGAAAAUGACUUGAUUAGUUAAUUGUUAGGCGCAUUGUUACCCCGAAAUUGGAACAUUUUUUUGUUUUGGUGCUAAUUUUUUUAUAGAACUAACUUCAAAAUGCUUUUUGUAUGAAAGUGAAAACUGAAUCUGCAAUUCAAACACAAAAUUUACUUUUGAGGCCUUGUAUUUUUCAUGGCUUGAAAGUAAAAUUGCCAUAAAGCUGUAUAUAGGGGAAAAUGCUUGAGUAGGUUCAGUGGUCACUUUAUGGUGUGAGUGAUUUCUUGACAAAUCUUGUUUGGUUAUUGUAGUUAUCUGGGUUUUCAUUUUUUUAGUAUCAUAUACGACUUGUGAGAUGACAGAUUUUUCUGUUGAACGUUUCUCUAUUUUUGUAACAAGCAUUUUGAGAGGCUUAUAUUAACAAACAUAGAUCCCAUUAUCAAAACGUGGAUAUCACAGUACUGAUUUCAAUUUGCACUUGAAUGUCAGUUUAUUAUACACCCACUCCUUUCGGAGGUAAAUACCAGAUGAGUUUAUACAGUUCUUUCGCCAAUAAAAACUGUGUACUAUUUAAAAAUA